CGACGUCAUAAACGGAGCGAUAAAAUGAUCUCCUCUGCUUUAUAACUAUUGUUCUGCUCUUGUAUCCGGAUUUCCACAUUUCAAAGCGUCUUCACGACCUCUUUCGUCAUUAUGCAUUCUCAUAGUCUGACCGCUCUGUCCAUUGUUGCCCUCGCUCUGAAUCCAUCUGUGGUAGCCCGAGAUGUUCCCACAAAUGUCCUGAACUUCUACAACAGAGUGAAAAGCGAUCAAAGCUGUCCCCACGAGCUUCAGGGAGGCUUCUACGGCACUCAGGGAGGACCCAAAUCUUUCUCCUAUUGCCAGGACCAAACAAGUGGAGUUCUCUAUCUUCACGGUGCUGGCGGUCAGUUGGCAAAUAUGGACGUUGACUGUGAUGGCCAGCAAGGCGGUGCAGGCGAAGACGGACGCUGUGGUAGCAGUGGGGACACUCAAAGUCAGACAUCGUUCAAAGACACUGUAGCAAGCUACGGUGCUGGUAUUAAUGACCUAAACGCAAAGGUCCACCCGUUUGUGGUUUUCGGAAACGACGGGAACAAUCCAUCGUUCGAUCCGAAGCAAUAUGGCAUUCAACCGCUUAGUGUAAUGGCAGUUGUCUGCGCAAACCAGCUAAUCUAUGGUGUCUGGGGUGACACUAAUGGCAACGAUGGGCCCCCUGUUAUCGGCGAAGCGUCCAUCUCGCUUGCUACGGCCUGUUAUGGCACGUCUAUCAACGGCAACUCAGGCCAUGAUGAAAACGACGUACUGUAUGUCGCUUUCCCGGGGACUGAUGCCGUGCCUGGUGCAGGAGGAGCGAAAUGGAACGUGCAGUCGUAUGAUGACUUCGAGGAAAGCAUUCAGGCCCUUGGCGACAAACUCAUUGCUCGUCUUUGAAUGAGAGCAACAGCUCUGAUGUAGUACAGACUGGGAAGCCUACCUUCUCUAUUGUAUUGGCAAGCAUAUCCACGAUAGGUGCAUCACGCCCCAAUCCUUUGUGUCAUAUUGGCUGUGGUCUGAUCACAGGAGUCUCAAUGCGCAAACGCGCAAUGGAUGCGAAGGCCCGAAGAUACUUUGGAAGCACCGCAUCUUAAACAUGGCCGCUCUUGCGACCGCCCCAGCCCAUGGACGUAUUGUGCGAUCUUGA